AUGGCUGAUCCGGCAAUUGGAGCUGUUACUGAGAUGCUCUUGAACAUGGUGGUUUCAAUUGCUGCUGAAAAGAUAAGUCUGGUACGGGGGAUGAAAAAAGAACUCAAAAAGCUUCAGGAUCAACUGGAGAUGGUUCGGGCUUUGUUAGAUCAAGCUCACCAGCAGCCAAUAAGCAACAAACCUAUUCAACUCUGGCUGGAGAAGCUCCAGUCAGUCAGCCUUGAUGCUCAGAUUGUGUUGGAGGAGUUUGGUUACGAAGUUCUUCGCCAAAAGAUUGAAGGCCGAAAGAGGAGGGACAAACUGCGCUUCUUUGUUUCAUGCUCCACAAAUCCUCUUUCAUUUCGACUCAAAAUGGCCCAAAAGAUCAAAUAUGUUCUGCAACGCAUUGAAGAUGUUUAUGCGGAAGGAGAAGUGUCAAAGAAUCAUUGUUGUCGUGUGAAAGAUUGGAGGUCCAUCCACGAAAAUAUUGAAGCGAUUCAUGUAUCGAUCGAUUCCUGGGAAAAGGAGAUGUGGGAACGAUUGAUUCCUUUACUACCUUCGAAUUUGCGAACACUGCAGCUCACGGGCAAAUGUGACUUGCCGGAAGAUUUAUUCAAGAAAUGUACAUGUCUCACUGUGCUGAUUAUUCGGUUUCAGAAUCCGGAUGCCAUAAAGAUGGAAAACACAUAUGGCAAGCUAAAACACUUGAGAUAUCUUAGCAUCCAAGAUACAAAUCUCCCAAAAACAAGUCUCCCAAAGUCCUUCACAAGAUUGUACUAUUUGCAGACACUGAGGGCUUACAACUUGACAAUUGUACCAGAUGGAUUUGAGAAUCUAAACAAUUUGAGGCAUAUUGACGUGGUCGAGCUCAGUCCGUUGCCCAAAUUAGGCCAACUGAAAAAUCUUCAAACAAUUUCCCUGGUUGAAUGGAAAGAAUAUCAGAUAGAAGAGUUGGAACAUUUGGACAGCCUCACAGGAGAGGUAAAAUUGUACUCUCUUCAACGCCUGAAGAGCUAUGAAUCUGCAGUCAAGUCCAAUUUGUCCAGAAAGCCAGGUAUUCAUACUUUGAAGUUUUUUUGGUUGGAUGCUAGUGGGAAAAAAGCAGAGGCAGACAAUGAUAAUGCUAACAUUGAUGUGACAAUGGAAGGGUUGAAACCUCAUCCGAAUUUAAAACGCUUGAUCAUCAAAGAUUUCCCUAUCCUGAAGUUCCCGUCUUGGAUGACCAGAGAAAUUGAUAUGACAUCAUCUAUUCGUAAUCUCGCGAUUCUCAAGUUGAAGAACUUGGAUAAAUGCGAUAUGCUCCCUUCGCUAGGACAGCUGCCUCGGCUGGAACAUCUAAAGAUAGAGAGAUUGGCAAUGGUUAAGCGAAUCGGAAAAGAAUUCUACAUUUGGUCAACCGAGAAAAGUAGCAGUGGUAGCUGCCCUGAGCCAAAAAUGGUCUCUAUAUUUCCAGCGCUGAAGGUGCUUGAGUUGCUAGUUAUGGAGAAUCUGGUGGAAUGGGAAGAUGCAUUUGGAAUAAUCCCAACUACAUCAUCUUCGCCGACAGCUCAAGUUAGAGCAUUUCCAAGUCUGGAGAAGCUGGUUCUUUCAUACUUACCUAAGUUAGGUGUUUUGCCAAGCUUGGGGAGCAUGCGAAGUUUGGUGGAAUUGAAUAUACUCUAUUUAGAACAAUGUGAAAGCCUUCCUGCACUCGGAGACUUGCCUCGCCUCGAAAAUCUCCAGAUAAACGGAUUACCGAAGGCGAAGUUCAUGAGAGAAGAGGUCUAUAGUUGGUCAUCUCAGAAAAGCAACAUUGGUAACUGGCCAGAAACAGUCUGUGUGUUUCCAGCGCUGAGGGCAUUCAUGAUGUGGGAUAUGGAUAAUCUGGAAGAGUGGUCAAUUGGAAUUAUUCCAGCAUCAUCAUCAUCAUCUGUUAAACUAAGAGUAUUUCCCUGUCUAGAGGAGAUGACAUUGUGGGCAGUCCCCAAGUUUCGCGGUUUCUUCCAAACAAAUUUGGCAAUGCUAAGCGAUGAUGUCAGUAACAGGAGGCCUGGAUUCCUAAAAGAGUUAGGAGGUUGUGAUGAUAGGGAAAAGCAUUCAUAUUCAUCCGGUGUCGCUAACGCCAGCGAUUCAUACAUCUACCAGCAACUUCUCUGUUUCGAAUCGCUACAAGAACUCAGGAUGUGGGAAUGUGAUGAGUCAAGUGCAUCAGUUUGCAGUUGCAUCCCAAGUUCGGCGCCGCUUAAAUCUUUGGAUAUCCUGUGCCACCCCAAUUCAUGGCCUAAAGAUUUGCAUCAUUUGACCAACUUGAAAGAAUUGUGUUUGGGAUAUGACGGUGAUUCUGCGAGAAUAGACCGAGAUUAUGUGCUACCUUGGCCAUAUCCUACCCUCUUCUCCACGAGGCUACUCUUUCCGUCACUCUCAGGUCUCUUACAUUGCGUAGAUUCCCAAGAAUCAAGUCUCUACCGCAUCAACUGCAAUAUUUGGAUUCUUUGACGGAAUUACACAUCGAUGAGUGGAAAGCAUUAAGGAUACUUCCAGAGUGGUUGGGUAAUAUAAAAGGUCUCCAAAAACUGGUUAUUUGGAAUUGUCCUAAACUCAAACAGUUACCCUCGGCCGAAGCACUUCAACGCCUUACCCACUUGA